GAUAUAUAUCGUACUAUCCUAUCACUUAAUAUAUAAAGCAGACUAUUUCUCCUACAUAUUUUUAUAUAAAACUUAUAUGAUAUUAUAUAAUAAUAGUAACUUAUAUAAUACCUUAUAUAAUACCUUAUAUAAUAACUUAGUACUAACUUAUUAAUUUAUUAAGAAUUUACAGUAUUUUACAUAUUACCAUUUUAUAUACCUUUUAUUAUGACUCCUCCAACUCAAAAUCAUAAAGAUUCAACAUCUUUAGAAGAGUCGUUUACUAAGAUUGAACAAAGUAGUGUACUUGAUUCAAAUAGUAAAACUCCACCUACAUGUAAUCGUGAUGUUUUACAAUAUACUCCAUUAGAUGAAAUUCCUAUUGGUGUUAAAAAAUUAAAGGAUACCUUUCAUAAAUCUCAAAAGACUCAUUCUAUUCAAUAUAGAUUAAAUCAAUUAAGAAAUGUUUAUUUUAAAAUUAAAGAUAAUAUUGAUAAUAUUACAGAAUCUUUAGAAAAGGAUUUCCAUAGAGCUCCUUCAGAAACUCAAAAUUUAGAAGUUGUUGUUGGAUUAAAUGAAAUUGUUCAUACUAUGAGUAGUUUACAUAAAUGGACAAAACCUGAACCAGUUAGUGGUUUACCUCUUGCUUUAUCUACAAAUCCAAUUUAUAUUGAAAGAAUUCCUGUUGGAGUAGUUCUUAUUAUUUCUCCAUUUAAUUAUCCAUUUCUUUUAUCAUUUUCUGCUAUAAUUGGUGCUAUUGCUGCUGGUAAUGUUGUUGUUUUUAAACCAAGUGAAUUGGCUCCAAAUUUUGCUAAUUUAUUUAGUAAAUUACUUCAAGAAGCUUUAGAUGAUGAUAUCUUUUAUGUAAUUCAUGGAGGGGUUGAUGAAACAACUAAAGCUUUGGAACAAAAGUAUGAUAAAAUUAUGUAUACUGGUAAUAAUUUUGUUGGAACAAUUAUUGCAAAAAAGGCUGCUGAAACAUUAACUCCUGUUAUUUUAGAAUUAGGAGGUAAAUCUCCAGCUUUUGUAAUUAGUGAUGUUAAAGAUAAAGAUAUUCCUACAAUUGCUCGUCGUAUUGUAUGGGGUAGAUUUGUUAAUGCUGGUCAAACAUGUGUUGCAGUUGAUUACGUUUUAGUUCAUGAUUCUAUUCAUGAUAAAUUGGUGGCUGCAAUUAAAAAAGUUAUUGAAGAAGAAUUUUAUCCAAAUUUGAAAGAUUCAAGUGAAAGUUAUACUCAUCUUAUUCAUGAUCGAGCCUUUGAUAAUUUAUCUACUAUUAUUAAAACUUCAAAGGGUAAAUUAAUAACUGGGGGUGAAACCAAUAAAUCUAGUAGAUUUAUUAGUCCAACUGUUAUUGAUAAUGUUGAUUGGAAUGAUUCUACUAUGAAACAAGAAAUCUUUGGACCUAUUUUACCAAUAUUAACUUAUUCUAAUUUACAAUCAGCUUUAGAAGAUGUGAUUUCUCAUCAUGAUACUCCAUUGGCUCAAUAUAUAUUUACUGGUGGAUCAGCAAAUAGACAUUCUAAUGCUCAAAUUAAUUCUAUUGUAACAGCCAUACGUUCUGGAGCAACAAUGAUUAAUGAUGUUAUAUUACAUGUUGGUUUAGUUAAUGCACCAUUUGGAGGAAUUGGAAGUUCAGGUUAUGGAAAUUAUCAUGGUAUUUAUUCAUUCCGAGCUUUUUCUCAUGAGAGAACAACUUUUGAACAAAAAUUAUGGAAUGAUGUGGCUUUGAAAGCUAGAUAUCCUCCAUAUACGGAAAAGAAGGAUAAAUUAUUUCAAACUUCUCAAACAGCUUAUGGAGGUAAUGUUUGGUUUGGACGUACUGGUGAUGUAAAAGUUGGAGGUCCAGGUUCAAUAUUUAGUGCAUUUUAUGGAUUUAUUGGAAUUGGAAAGUUAAUAUCUGAUUUUAUUGCUGCUGUUUAGAGGUUAAGUAUAUAAUAGGAGUAAUUAUGAUUUAGAUUGUGUUUAUUAUGUUAAUAUUAUUAGUAUGAGUAUGAGUAUGAGUAUGAGUAAUAAUUCUAAAGUAAGAAUGUAAAUAAAUAGCAUUAGGAACGUAUUAAAGGAAGUAAG